AUGCCAACCAGAGGUGUCUACCCCUAUAACCUGGGGUCAUUUGGGAAGACCAUCACAACCAGCAGUCCGGAGGCACAGCUAUGGUUCAAUCGGGGUCUCACAUGGGCCUAUUCCUUCAACCAUAAAGAGUCUAUCGUGUGCUUCCAGCAGGCGCUGGUGCAUGAUUCGUCUUGUGCGAUGGCCUAUUGGGGGUUGGCCUACUCUCUCGGCCCCAACUACAAUAAACCCUGGGACUUCUUCGGCAAUGAGCUGGCAUCGGUGGUUGAAAAAACCUAUUGGGCCGCUCAAAAAGCCGUGGCUCUCGCUGCCAAUGCAUCCCCGGUGGAGCAAGCACUCGCCAGAGCUUUGACAACGCGCUAUCAAAGCGACAAGCCUGCCAGUAUGGAGCAGCUGGCAGCUCAAAAUAUCGCAUAUGCUGAUGUAAUGAAGGAGAUUUAUCAACAAUUCAGUGAUGAUUUGGACGUGGUCACCAUUUAUGCCGAUGCUAUGAUUAGCCUCACUCCCUGGAAGUUGUGGGAUCUGGUUACUGGAGAGCCAGAUCCGGCGGCCCGCACCGUGGAGGCUAAAACAGUACUCGAGAAAGCGCUCGAGAACAAAGAAUCCAUCAAGCACCCAGGUCUCUUGCACAUGUAUAUCCAUUUAAUUGAAAUGUCGCCAUUUCCAGAACUGGGGCUGCGACCCGCUGAUCACCUCCGGGACCUAGUGCCGGAUGCCGGUCAUAUCACUCACAUGCCUUCUCACCUGGAUGUCCUGGUUGGUGACUACCGAAGCGCUGUUCGUGCGAACCAGCGCGCAGCAAUUGCAGACGAGAAGUAUCUGGGACGAGAAGGCCCCUACAACUUCUAUUCCGUCUACCGAAUGCACACAUAUCACUCCCUCAUCUAUGCGGCCAUGUUUGCAGGCCAGAAACAGACUGCUUUCGAGGCCGUGGAUCGCAUGGAGGCGACUUUGCCAAAGAAACUGCUCACGGCGAUGGCAGAUUACAUCGAAAUUUUCAUGUCCGUGCGUGUGCACAUUAUGGUCCGAUUUGGCAUGUGGGAAGAAAUCAUUGAAAUCCCGAUCCCAUCAGAACCAGAAAUAUAUUGCAUGACAAUAGCAACCUGGCACUAUGCCAAAGGUGUGGCAUUUGCAGCCACGGGCAAAGUCCCCGAGGCAGAAGAGCAGCGAGCGCUGUUCAGAGAGGCGCAAAAACGGGUUCCUGACACGCGUCUGGACUGGCCUAACAAAUGUGUUGACAUUCUUGGCGUGGCUUCAGAGAUGCUAGAUGGUGAGAUUGAAUACCGCCGUGGCAACUACACAGAGGCUUUCGAGCAUCUGCGUCGCUCAAUCGAAUUGGAUGAUGGUCUGGGCUACGCCGAGCCUUGGAGCUGGAUGCAGCCCACGCGCCAUGCCUAUGCUGCUCUCCUGCUGGAGCAAGGGCAUGUUGAGGAUGCAGCGGCUGUUUACCGUGCUGACUUGGGUCUUGAUGGUACCCUUAUUCGGGCGCGUCAGCACCCGAAUAAUGUGUGGGCUUUGCAAGGCUAUCAUGAAUGUCUGGUACGACUUGGAAAGACUGAAAUGGCUCGAGUUAUCGAGCCUCAGUUGGCAAUAGCAGUUGCGGUGGCCGAUGUGCCCGUGACUUCUUCUUGUUUUUGUCGACUGGAUACUUCGAAGGCGCCGAACGUCAGCAAUGGUUGUUGUAAAUAA